CCAUCUAGCCGUGCGCAAUAAUUGAAAUGGCGCAUUUGGCUGCGGGCAGGCUGUGAGGGCGCGCAGUGAAUGCAUGUCCACAGACGUCAUUUGCUUUUAAUGGCCUCCAGGAAAUUUGGCAUUGCAAUUCUCACAGACAUUAGAGAGCAAAGAGAGGGAGUGCGGAUGGGGGAAAGCACCGCAUGCAUGAGCACCACAUCAGGAUAUAUAGAUUUCUUCUUUAAAAGAACACGGUUCUUUACUUUCUCAACAAGUUCUAGUGUGCGCCCCGCGCUUUAGAAAGAAAAGCUGCUUUUACUCAUUCACAGAAGGGAAAAUGUGUUGCCUUUGUGAAGGAGCCUGGGGGAAUAUUACAUCAGACGAAAUGGCAAUGAUUAAAAUCAGCCCUUUCUGCUUCUCCAAAGUCUCUGGAACGGCGUGGUGACACUUGCCUGAUGCGCAAACCGUUAUAUGCUGAACUUUAAACCCUCGCCAGCUAUUCUUACUUUGGCUGAAAAUAGGAAAGAACGCGGCACUAAAUAAUCGAGGGGGGAUAUCAGGUUUUCAUCUGUUUAAAUGAGUCUGCUCGGGUUUGAGUUAAUUGUCCUCUAAUCCUGUGGCCCCAGAGGCGUUCGCGCAGCCCGGAGCGAGAAUUCCUCUUUCGGCUCUGCUCUGUGAUUUACAAACGGAUUAUUGGCUUUCUUCUGCCCAUAGGCAAAGCAGCAGUUUCAUAUUUGUUUGAAAAGAUAGUCGAGGCUGAAAUACGCGACGGGAUCUGUGUAUAAAGAAGAAAUAAGAAGAUCGAGAGGGGGAAGGAGAGAUCUGAUUUCCUGGAGAAGGAAGGGAGAAGCAUGUCGCGCCUGUCUCUGACCCGGUCUCCGGUCUCUCCUCUGGCCUCGCAGGGGAUUCCACUGCCGGCUCAGCUCACCAAAUCCAACGCGCCCGUUCACAUCGAUGUGGGCGGACACAUGUACACCAGCAGCCUGGCGACCCUCACCAAAUACCCAGACUCACGGAUCAGUCGGCUGUUUAACGGAACGGAGCCGAUAGUUCUGGACAGUUUAAAGCAGCAUUACUUUAUUGACAGGGAUGGAGAAAUCUUCCGCUACAUACUGAGUUUCCUGCGGACCUGCAAACUUCUUCUGCCGGAGGAUUUUAAGGACUUUCAUCUGCUGUACGAGGAGGCGAGGUAUUACCAACUCACACCCAUGAUCAAGGAGCUGGAGAGAUGGAAACAGGAACGAGAGCAAAGACGUCUAUCGCAGCCGUGUGAUUGUCUGGUGGUCCGUGUGACCCCUGACCUCGGUGAGAGAAUCGCCCUCAGCGGUGAGAAGAUCCUCAUCGAGGAGAUCUUUCCUGAGACCGGCGACGUCAUGUGUAACUCCGUCAACGCCGGCUGGAAUCAAGAUCCUACCCACGUCAUCCGUUUUCCACUGAACGGAUACUGCAGGCUGAACUCAGUGCAGGUUUUGGAGCGUCUCUUUCAGAAGGGUUUCAGUGUGGCGGCGUCCUGCGGCGGCGGAGUCGACUCCUCACAGUUCAGCGAAUAUGUGCUGUGUCGCGAGGACAGGCGGAGUCAGUCGAUGAACACGCCCAUCAGGAUAAAACAGGAACCGCUGGACUAAAGAGACAUUCAAGGCCCUCGGCCCCUGACCGAACUACACAAACACACAGACUCUUCAAAGUUCAGCUUUUAAAAGGGGAAUGUAAUGUAUCACACUCAAACCACUGACGCAAACCCCAAAGAACUGAAGCGGGAACAGCACGGCAUCAUCAUUUCCUGUUCCUCCUCAAUCCACCAAUCAGAGGACGUCCCUAGUCCAGAUGUGAUGCAGGCCCGCCUGUAUCUUUAAUUUCCUCGUGACGAUUUAAAGGUGGUGAGGACACUACCGGACACCCAAAAAACCAUCGCUUAAACGGCAAAGAAAGCACUGAAGCCAAAAUCAGGGGUCGGGGGUCAACUUAUGCCACAAGGAUAGUUUUUAAGUUCAUUGUUGUUUAUAAAAACGACUUUUUCACACCUUAUAGCAACACGUUGUAUGCAGUUAUCAGUACUAAGAAUCCGUUUUUGUGUUAUGCUUUGUUAGAUGAAGGAUGAUGGGAUUGGAGGCAUUACGAUUGAGAGCUUUUCCUGGCAGCGCUCACAGAAACAGUAUUACGCCCUCCGGCAGCGCUCUGGGCUUUAAUGCAUGUGCAGAAGGCUUCUUUGUUUAAAAGAGCCGCAAGCAAACGUGGAUAUCACGAACCCUGCGUUCAAAAAUAAGUGAAACUAUGGGAGGAUUGUCAUAAUUAUAUCAUUAGAUGUUUGAAAUUUAUAUAAGCUCUCAGUGUCGGAUCAAA